AUGACACCAAGAGUUGUGCUAAAAGUUUCCGUGAAGGAUACGAACAAUCAUUCACCAGAAUUCGAUAGCCCAUGGUAUACGUUCACCGUUGACGAAGGGAAAAUCCAUGAAGAAAUCGCCGUAUUGAAAGCGACCGAUGCUGAUUGCGGUAAUCCCUACGGACAGAUUUGCGAUUUCGAAAUCGCGAACGGCCUUAACGACUUUCCAUUUUCCAUAAAUAAUCAGGGAGUUUUGCGGAAUACCAAGCCGCUCAACUAUACUGCAGCGAAAUCUUACAUUCUUACGGUAGUGGCAAUUGAUUGUGGAAUGAGACGAAGCAAGAGCGCGCUGGUUACGGUAAAUGUGAAGGAGACCUGUGUCCAAGGUCAUACUGGCAUCACUGACAGACUCAGCUACAUGGCAGGAAAUGGUCCAAAGCUUGUGCUGCCGAAUGUACAGGCUCACAUUUGCGCGCAGAAAUCCGCUUGUGACGUGAAGAGCAUUCAUUCAACAGUUAAACUACAAGCUGGACAUGUUACGGAAGGCUGCUCAAGGGACACUUUGUUUAACAACGAGACUUUCGAGAGGUACGGUAUCGUAACAAUAAGUCAUUCAGUUGGUUCAUAA